AUGCCACACUUUCGAUUCCGUCACAUCACUUCUAAAUUUGCAUCACAUGCUUCCUCAUCAUCAAAAUUCAUUCGUUUCUCUCAAUUCAUUCGACACUAUCUUGCAAAAUAUAAUUAUUGUUUAGAACGAUAUCCAUUCCUUACACAAGGAAUAUCAGCUGCAUUUCUCUUUGGAUCUGGAGAUGUCAUUUGUCAAUGUAUUGAACAACAUCAACAACAUGAUGACAAGGAUGAUUUACCAUUAUCAAAUUCUUCUUCUUCGAAAAGGUCCUCUUUCACUACUGACACUACUUUAAAUAGCACAACUGAUAGUACAACUACUGAUAUUAGUACUACUACAACAACUACAACAACUGACACUUCUACUACUCUUUCCAUUGAUUUUUCAAGAAUGUUUCGAAUGAUGCUUUAUGGUAGUCUUGUCUUUGCACCUGCUGCUCAUUUAUGGUAUAAAUAUUUAGAUAAGAGAAUUAUCAUUUCAAAACAUAACAAAUUUAAACAAAUUUCAAAGAAGGUAUUCAUGGAUGAAUUUGUAUUUACUCCAGUGAUAUUAAUAGCAUUCUUUUCAUGCAUGACGAGUAUGGAACAUUAUUAUGAACAAUUAUUUCCAAGUAUAAAGAAGAAUGAGAAUAUUACUACUAACAGUAGUAGUAGUAGUAGUCAUAGUAUGAGAAAGAAAAGCAUCUCUGACCACCAGUCUGAUACUACCACUGCCACUGCCACUACUACUACUUUUCAUUCACAACGAUCAUCAUCAUUAACAAACUCUAUAUGGAAGAGAGGAGAAGAAGAUCAAUUUAAUGAAAUUGUUUCUCAACAACCAACAAAUAGGAUCGUGAAUGAACAACAAGAACAACAACAACAAAUGAAUGAACAACAAGAACAACAACAACAAUACUCUCAAGUAUUAUUCAACAACAGAGACAUGACACCAUUAUCUUCUUCCUCAGAUUUACCUCAGAAAAUUAUUUCAAAAUUGAAAAAGGAUUAUUUACAUACAUUUUUGGUAGACAUGAUUGUAUGGCCACCCCUUCAAUAUUUUAAUUUCUUUUUGGUUCCAUCAGCCUAUCGAGUACUUUAUAUUAACUUUUGUUGUAUCUUUUGGAAUGCCUACUUGAGUAUGCAACAACAUAAACAUUGA